CAGCCUGGAGCUGGGGCACAACUGCAGCUCGUUGCGACUCACAUGGAGCUCGGAGGGCCGACACAGCUGCUUCACUGAGAAUGGAUGCCAACAUUGUUGUCAUGGGGACGGAGAGUGUUGGGAAAUCAGCGUUGACUGUGCGCCUCUUAACUCGGAGAUUCAUUGGGGAGUAUGGAGAUAUUGAAUCCAUCUAUAGUCACAAUUUUAUAUUAGACGGAAGGGAGAUCACUCUAAAUAUUUGGGAUUCACCUCAUUCUGAGAACUUGUCUGUGAAGUCGUCGCUCUUCGAGAAGAAGGUCCGGUGGGCGGACGGCUACGUCCUGGUCUACAGCAUCUGCGACAGGGCCAGUUUCAACAGCGUCUGCAGACUCGUUCAGACCAUCAAGUCCACCAGAGACUACCUAAGCGCAGACAAAACACCCAUAGUGAUAGUGGGCAACAAGAGGGACUUGCACCACAGGCGGACAGUGCUGAGCGAGGAGGGCCGUCUGCUGGCUCUCAACACGGACUGCCACUUCUACGAGGUGUCGGCCGCUGAGAACUACCACAGCGUGCUCAUGGUGUUUCACGGCCUAGUGGACAGGAUGAAGGACGCCAAGCUGACAUCGAAGAGACCUCUGGGGUUCAAGGGCAUUGUGAAAAGCAUGUCUGCAGUGUUUGCCAGGAGACGGACAGACUCCUUAUAGUGCAGCCGUCACAGACUAGGAAGGAGGGUUGUGUUGUGUUCAAAUGCCUGGAGGGGUACUUCAGUCUGUCUCUGAAAUCCCUGAGCCAAAAGGUCCAACACAGAGACGGGAGCUACUUUUACUCUGAAGAGAAUCAAGACUUCAAAGAAGGAAAAGCCAUGAAGCUUCAGGAAACAUGGACACAAAACAAUGUCUCAGACAUUUCAUGCACGUUUCAUGCACUUCAAGUUAAAAUUACACAAAGUAAUUUCCUUCCUUAUACGUGUAAAUACUACAGUGUAAAACAAUGUAUGCAUUAUGUUUAAGCUGUGUACAUUUGUCAUGUUUCACCAGGCUUGGAAAGACUUCUAUGCACAACAUAAAUGUGCCUUUAUUUAUCGCGCAUAUGCCAAAGAUCAGACGUCUCACGAUGGACCAAAGCUCUUAAAACCACAAGUGAGACUUGUAAAUUGUGGAAAAUGUGACCACAAAGUGUCCUACUAAAUCCUCUAAAGUGAAACAAAAGCAUUUAUAUUUAUUCUGGAGUCUAAACACUGUAAAACAAAAGCAAGGGUUUUGUAUAUUUAUGAGCUCUCCUUGACUUUGGGUCUGAACUGUUCUGUUUGUAUGAAGUUUUACAGGUUUCAAGGUUUUAAAUAAAGCAGGUGCAGAAAUUCA